AUGAAUUUCGGCCAGGAGGAAGAAGACGACAGCCGCAGUAAAGACACCGCCGCAGCAUCAGCCGAAGAAGUAGUAGUAGUAGAAGAAAACGACGAAUUAGACGAAGAAGAAGAAGACGACUAUGCCUCCGCAAUUCCCACCCCCAAUCUCCAUUCUCCUCCUGUUCACCAGUACGAAAAUCUACUUCCUCAACACCACCACGACGGACUUUGGCGCAACCUCUCCCAAACCUCCUACUCCGACGCCGCCGCCGCCGCCCCAUCCUCCGCAGGCUUCAAUUUCGUCGACCUGUCGCUUGCUGGGAGCUCAAACGAGGCGGAUCCUCCCGAUCUCCACGGCGGAGCUGCUGGACCGUCGUCGUCGUCGACGGCGGCGGCGGCGAUGAUGAUGGUAGAGAAGGAGCACAUGUUCGACAAAGUGGUGACGCCGAGCGACGUCGGGAAGCUGAACCGGCUGGUGAUACCGAAGCAGCACGCGGAGAAGUACUUCCCCCUCGAUUCCUCCUCCAACGAGAAGGGGCUGCUCCUCAACUUCGAGGACCGCGGCGGCAAGCCGUGGCGGUUCCGCUACUCGUACUGGAACAGCAGCCAGAGCUACGUGAUGACCAAAGGAUGGAGCCGGUUCGUCAAGGAGAAGAAGCUCGACGCCGGGGACAUCGUCUCGUUCCAGCGCGGCGUCGGCGAGGCCGGGAAGCACCGCCUCUACAUCGACUGGAGGCGCCGCCCCGUCCCGCCGCCAGAUCCGAUGUCUUUCCCUCACCACCACUUCGACCUCCACAACAACCCGCUCCGGUGGGGGAGGCUCUACUCGCUGCCGCCUCAAUCGAUCUCCAAUCUCCCUCCCAGGCAGUGGGACUAUCCUCAUCCGCCGCCGCCUCAAUUCCACCACCAGCAAUUGAAUUACGGUACGAUUCUCCCUCUCCAGAAUUCCUACGGCCAUAACCAGUACUACCACAAUUACCAGCAGCAGCCGCUGUACUACUCGCGGCCUCCGGGGGCGACGGCGCAAUAUCCGAUUUCUGCUUCGUCCUCCGCCGCGGGAAUCGGAGGAGGAGGGGACCACGCGCCGAUGGUCAUCGAUUCGGUUCCCGUGGUUCACGGGAAGACGGUUGGGAAGCGGCUGAGGCUGUUUGGCGUGAACAUGGAGUGCCAACCUGACGACUUGCCGUCGUUUUCUCCGGCUUCGCCUUCUUCUUCUAUGAGCGUAACGUAUCCAUAUCAGCAGCAGCAGCGGGGGACAAUGUCUUCUUCUUCUUCUUCGUUGUCACCAUCGUCAUCCAUCCCGGGGCUCCAAUUCCAAGGAGUGCCGACUACAGCUACGCCGCCGUCGCAAAUGGCAAUGCAUCAGUACCAGCAGCAGCAGCAGCAGCAUGAGUAUUCAAAGAAAGGAAAGACUUCCUCCUUGUCCUUCGAUUUGGAUCUUUGA